GGUGAUGGCGCUGGCGCGCACCAGAAGAGCGAAGGCUGAGGCAGGACACGGGCGGCAGAGGGUUGGGAAGGGAGCCCUCGCUGCGGUGCUGGCCUCGGCUGGGCGGGCUGGGGGCUCUGGAUGUUAGUUAUGGGCCGGGGGGGCACGCACGUCCUGCAGAGGGCGAGUCGGGCCCCUCCCGGGGGGGUGUUUGGCAUACCUCACCCUGCCACAGGGAUGAGGGAGCAGGAGACUGCACAGCGGUCGGUUGCCUUUUCUCUUGAGCUUGCUGCCACUGGGUUUGACACAGAGGUUACGGUGGACAGAGCCCUUGAUAUGGAGUUUACUGGCUUACAUUCAACUUUCCCACAAAAUAACCAGCCCAGCCUGUUUGAUUCCCCUGCGGAGCGGUACCUGAAGGCCAGGCAGAGCGUCCAGCGCUUCACUGUUACUCAGCUUGGGCUGGCAAUAUUCUCAAAUGAAAAUUCAAACAAGUAUGUGGUGCAUUCAUACAACUUUUUCCUCUUUCCCUCAAUGCUGGGAGUUACAGAUGUCGAAUUCACCCUUUCUGCAUCUAGCAUUCAGUUCCUGUCUCAUUAUGGCUUUGACUAUAAUAAGUUCCUCAAAGAUGGAAUCCCAUACAUGAAUGAGGUACAGGAGAAGAUCCUUAGCCAGCAUCUCUUGGAGGGUAGCUGGAAAGUCAGCAGUGCCCUGGACAGGGAUGUGCUGAAGAAGGCUAUUGAUGAAGUGACCCGUUGGAUAGGUGCAGCAGAGGAAGAGGAGACUAUGAUUCUGCAGGAUCUGAGUGGCUCUCAGAUAUUUGAAGUUCAGCUGGUUCUGAGACAGGCUCUCCCAAAUGUUUGGACACAGCCUCUUGGAGACAAGGUAAUGGUGAAAAAAGUGAGUCCACAGCAUCGUCAGCUUCUGGAGAACUCCCCUGACGACUGCUGCCAGAAGGAGCUCAUUCUCCUGUCUGCCCGGGGCUUCACCAACCUCUUCCAGACACUUGUUAAAGCCAAGAAGCCCCUGGUGGGACACAACAUGCUUAUGGACCUUAUGCAUCUUCACGACAAGUUCUACAAGCCCCUUCCAGAAAGCUAUGAGGAAUUUAAAAGGAACAUUCACAACCUGUUUCCUGUCCUCAUAGACACCAAGACUAUAACAAAAUCCAUCUGGAAGAAAUGUCAGUUUCCUCCAGUAUCUAAUCUUUUGGAGGUAUAUGCAACUUUGUGCAGCAGCAAAGAUCCCAAAGAUCCAACGUGCCCCGUGAUAGCUCUUGCAAGUGACUGCUCAAAAUAUGCUGAGAAGAAAUCUCCUCAUGAGGCAGGCUAUGACGCAUUUCUCUGUGGUUCAGUUCUUCUGAAGUCAGCUCAUUUGCUACUGUGCAGAUUUACAGAUGAUGCAGCGGAGGCUGAUCCUUCUUUCUCUCAGUAUCUCACCGUGUUAGCCGAAUAUCUGAACAAAGUGAAUUUCAUCCGAGGUGGCGUUUCAAGCAUUAAUUUUUCUGGGGAAGAUGCUCCCUGCCGACAUCCGCCUCUCUUGGUUGUCCAUGUCCAAGGCUGGCCAGGGCUGAAUGAAAGGCAGAUUUACCAAGAGUUUAAAGCUCUUUGUCGCUUUGAUGUCAGACGGCUUUCAAAGAACCAGUUCAUUCUGCUGUCCAAUAAAUUUAAGCAUGUCAGGCUUGUUCUGCGAGAUUAUAAGCAUCACCCUCAUCUGCGGAUUUCUGUCUAUCGCCACUGGAGACACUCUCCACUCGUGAACUGCCUGCUGCAAGUCUCUAGUAUUGUGGCACUGUGGUCUCUCUUGGCCUUUGUACUCGGAGGAGCUCCUUGCUGUUCAUUCUAAAGGACUGCCUUACAGAUGAGACAUGAGGAAUGCAGAUCUUACUUUUUGUAUUCGUCUGUGUUUUGUUUUGUUUCAUUCAAUAAAUUGUGAGGAAAAAAAAAAAGCUAUGAAUAGUGUUUUUAAUUGCUUUCUUGGAAAUGUGUUUUUUUAAAGAGGAUGUGUUGGUUUCCAAUUUGUGGUGUUUUGUAAUCUCUUCAAAGCAUAGUCCCCUCCUGAAGAGGGAGAGAUGGCUCUUUCAAUGCCUAAUUUACUUUGAUCCUCUGUUGGUUCCUCACAGCUAUUCAUAAUGCCCUGUUUGUUCCCAGUGCUUGUGCUGCUGCAUAACACACAUUUCUGAUGAAGUUCGGGAAACUGUGAAAUGAAAGAGGCUAUUUUCAGCUUCAGUUGUAGAGCAGGGGAAACAUCACUGCUUACCAAAUGAAAAUGGUAAUGAGUUGAUGGAGAAACCACUAUUGGGGCUCAUGAAGGAUUCUGGGGAAUAGUAAAUAAUUUGCAGUGCUAUCAGUGUUGUGCAGUGGUAUUUUCAGUGGCAGUGGAGCUGAGGAUAGACACAGAUAAGCAGAAUUUAUCAGCUUCCAAUUUGUAGAAUACACACAGGUCAGGUGAGUUGGCAUGCAUUUCUGUUUGCUUCUAGCGCACAGCAUGUGAGCAGUCCUUUAUCCAAAAAUAUCAUGAGACAUGCUUUGUUGAUCAGUUUCUCUGAUAUAGCUAGAGUAUUUGUCAGUCCAGGGACUGUGGUCUUCAGAAAUUUUUCUUAUUAAAUUUCCUUCUCUUCUUAAAAACAGCCUGCUGAUCCAUGGUUUCCAAAUAAUGGUCCCUAGAUUUCAUCAGUCAGACCUAGUUGGAUGGGGCCCAUGAUCAUCUAAUAUGUAGAAUCUGCCUUAAAUGGGCUGUAAAAUGGGAGUUGCUGCGGGGGACCUUAAAGCAGCAGCACAGUAUUGCGUUGUGCCUGAAGAUCACGUGCUCUCUGCUGCUAACGGUUUGCUGCUUUGCUGCUCUUUAGGAGAAAAGGGCAGUGUAUCUUCAGAUGUGGUUCUCGAGUUCUGUGCAGCUUGUGGUUAACAGCUCUUAUUUCAUAAGCCAGCUAAGUAACUGACUUCUUGAUGAUGGGGUUUUUUUUUUUGGUUGGGUUUUUUUUUUUUUUUUUUUUUUUUUGGUAACCCCUUCCAAUGAUGGGGUUCUGUGUCACAGUGUUGCUUCAAAUACCAGUGUAACUAUCUUCCUGUUUACUCUGUAAUGUUUUUUUGUCUUUUAGCAUCAUUAGACACCCCCAUUGUGUCAAGGAGAGCACAGGCUCUGUGUGUUGUGUAGAUUGGGAAAAUUUUCACUGGGUGUUACACGCAGUAGCAUGCAUUUUCCCAUAAAAACCCUCUUUUUGGCUUAUGACCUGGGAAACAUAAUACCCUUGUUCCCUGGGGUCCAUAUUCAGCUAGCAGCUUAAACGUGGGGAGGUGCAGCCUCACUUGCAUCUAAUCUUUACAGUCUGGGGAUCAUGAAGAUACAGAUGCUGUUACCUUUGAGAAGCACAGCAGUUUUUAAAGGAGCAUGCACUUUGAAGGAGCCAAGAAAUUGUUCUGUCUUUAAAUUUUGCUCCCUUCCUCCCAUUUUUUUCGAGUGGCACGCAGACAAAUAAUGAAUUAAUUCCCUGCAGUACUAGUCUCUCUCUUGGUUCAUCCUCUAGAGAAAACCCUUCCCUGCGGAAGAAAGCAGAGAUCCUUUCACCCCUUUUUGAGAAAUAUCCCAUGGGUCUGACCAUGCCUUCCCCCUUUCCAAGGGACAGACUUACCUCAUGUAGCAACACAGUGUAGUGAAUUGAGAGACUUGGCUUGCCUGCAUUAGAGCUGGGAGAACUUAUAAAUAACAAUUGCUGUAGAUCUACUAGAUAUUCCUACUAUAAAUCAGGUAAGUUUACAUGCAGAGUAAAUACAUGAAGAAGAAACGAGAGGGUUGAGUAUAUUCUGAUCUCCCUCCUAGGGGAGAAUUUACAGAAACAAGUUGCCUGCCUGUAAUAACCUAGGGUCACUUGCUGCUCAGAGCCUUUUAAAGAGAUCAAUCAGAUGUACUAGCAGUCAGUUCCCAUGAAAUGAGUUGGCUGGGGGCUAGUCUAACAAAUCGGAGCAGCAACUUUUAGCUGUGGGAACAGAUUUACAAGUCUUUCUGAGUGGCUGUAGAUCAAGACAAAAUCUCUCUGAACAUGCCAAUCUGGCCAUUCUGACCUCAGCUGUUGCUUUUGCUCCAGACAAGGGAAUUGUUAUUAAUUGAAGUUGGAAGGAUCAAAAGUAGUUCAGGUUAUGCCUGUUCCUGCCUGUCUUCUGCAAGGAGUGGGGGGUGCUUUUGAUUCUUGUAAAGCCAAUUCAGGGUGGUGCAACCUGCCUUGUAACUCUGGCUCUGAAGAGGUGCAUGUCAAAGUUGCUGAGUGACUCUCAGGGCUGGCAGCUUAGAAAAUCAAACCUGGCUCCCUAAGACAGUGAUAAAACCACAGCGAAGUCCCUAGCAGCAGUUACAGCACACCUGCUUCUCAGCACUAUGAGAAACUUGUACUUCAGCUGUAAGGCUUGAAAGGAGAGUUCCAACCCUCAAUGAAACAAGAUGUUAGAAUUCAAGUUGUGAAGGUGUGCAUUAAAGGUAUAGCCCUGCAAACGAAGCAUUGCAGAUCAGAAUAUAUCUAUUUCCAAGAACAAUUUGAUUUUGAUACAUUGGCUUUUUUUUUUUUUUACAUGUUCAAGAUUAAAUAUGUGGGUUUUGAGAUAACAUCUCUACUCUGGUGGGAAGCCUCUCAGGGCACCUCCUGUUGCUGAACAGCCAGAGUGGAAGUCUUGCAAUGGAGGAGCUCAGCAUUGUCUCAGAUUAAAAGAAAUAAU